ACAAACGUCAGUGGACGAAGCUGGCAGCUCCAAAUGCUUCAUUUUAAUCAGAUUCCAGUUGUCCUAUUCGCCGGAACGCACGUGUGGAAGAAUUUCAUCACUAUUACCUCAUAAAACACAGCUGCGUGCGCCAUCAUGACCGAAACGGACGUGCAAGCGGCCAAGCCUGAGGAGCCGAAGGCAGAGGUUGAGAAUAGCGAAAAUGAGAACAGCCCCGCACUGAGCGCGUCGGAGGCGGCGAUCAUCCGCCAACUGGAGUACUACUUUGGCGAUGCCAACCUGGCGAAGGACAAGUUUAUGAAGGAUCAGAUCACUAAAGACGAAGGUUGGGUACCGCUCGAUGUGCUGCUUACAUUCAAGCGCCUCAAAUCGCUCAGCGAGGACAAGAAAGUGAUUGUGGAUGCCAUUUCCAAAUCCGAGGAGGGGCUGAUUGAGGUGAGCGAAGACCGUGAAAAGUUGCGCCGCCACCCGGAACGACCGCUGCCCGAGAUGAACGAGGAAACACGCAAGGAAAUCUACACCCGCACUGUGUACGUAAAAGGGUUCGCAGCCCAGGAUGGAACUAAAAUGGACGAGCUGGUGGAGUUCUUCCAGCCGUACGAAAAGGUGGUCAACAUUGUGAUGCGCCGUUACUUUGACAAACCGACAAAGAAGUACCUGUUCAAGGGUAGCGUGUUCGUCACCUUCGCUACGGUGGAGCAGUGUGAAACGUUCCUGAAGGAAAAGCUUGCGUACAAGGGCAAGGAUCUGAUCUGUAAGAUGCAAAAUGAUUACUUCGCUGCGAAACAGGAGGAGGAAAAGGAACGCAAGCAAAAGGUUGAGGAACGGAAGCGCAAGAAGGAGGAGGCCAAGACAGCCGCCACUUCACAUCUGCCGACCGGGGCUAGUGUUUCGUUCGAGGGCACCGGUGCAGACACAACACGCGAAUCGAUCAAGGAACAAAUCCUCACCGUUGACGACACCCUGGCGGUUGCCUUCAUCGACUACCAGAAGGGUGAUAAGGCGGGUCACGUACGUUUCACGGAGGCAGAUGCGGGUAAACGAUUCGUCGGCAAGCUAACGGAAAACAAGCUUAAAAUUGAUGAGAACGAAGUAACGUUCGAAGUGCUCGAGGGCGACAAGGAGUCGGAGUAUUUGAAGAAGGUUGUUCAGGACCAGCAGGCCCGGCGAAAGGGUGGCAAUGCGAAGGGUAAAGGUGGACGGGGUAACCGGGGUAACAACAAUCGGCAUCACGGAGGCGGUCACAACAAAAGGCAACGCGACAAUGGCAACGACGGAGGUGAUGAUGAGCCACCGGUCAAGAAGACCGACACGGCAGCCGCCGUGAAAGAAGAAGGGGCUAAGGAAAAACCAGCCACCGAAGAGAAAAGUUCACCAGCGAAAAGUGAAGUGAAAGCAGAAUGAA